CCAAUACUGAUGAAUGUCAGCUGUCCACCGCUGAAUACAACGUUCUAUCAGGAAUUAAAGUAUUUCUUAUCCUAUUACGAAGUCUUCCAAUGAAGAAAUAUAAUUUUAAUCAGAUUUAAUGGCUUGUGAUAAUCGAACGAAAGUGUAUUUAGGGUACGAAGAUGAAUAUGUUACUGACAAACAUCGGCCAAGUAUUAAUUUUAUGACAAAUAAGAUCGGCGGAUUUCCAAACUGCCAUGAGAAAACUAUAUUGUCAUUACCACAAUGUAGGCUGUGUGGAUUAUAUCAACUCCUGGCACUUCAGCUGUAUGUUCCAUUAGAUAAUUCCAAGUAUCAUCGAACUCUCUAUAUUUUUGCAUGUAUAAAUCCAAACUGUUGGAAUCAUAAUGAAAGUUGGACUUGCCUAAGGGUUCAAGUAUUAGAGGAUGAAAGUAAAACAAAUGAUUUAAACAGUAGCAGUGUAAAUGUACCAUCAACAACAUCAUGGUUGUCAGAUGCAGAUGAUUGGGGUGACAAUUUCAAUGACAAUUCUGAACAAAAUGGAAAUAAUUUGUUGUCAAAUAAUGCAAUAGAAUUCAAUUUUUCUUUGCAAAGAGAAAUAGAUGAAAAUAUUAGGGAUGAACUUUCUGUAUUACAUGUUGAUGAUCCUAAUGCAAACAGUCCAGCAAGUGUGGAAUCUCCAGUUGGAAUAGGUGCUGUGGGUAGAUUGGAUUCACCACAGGCAUCUGCUGAAAUUGAUGGAGAAGAAAGUGAAGUUGUCUGCAUAGAUACCCCCACCCAACCUCAAUGUGAUUUGAUCAGUUUAUUACACGAUGUAACUCCCUUUCCCCUUCAAUUAGAAUCAAAUAUAGAAACAAAGUUUUCAUUUGUUGAAAUAUUCCUUUCCGUGGAAGAAGAAGAUUGUGGUACAGAUGUACCACAACACGUUUGUGAUUUACUUCUUGAAUACCAAUACAGAAAUCCAGAUUUAUCAACAAAAUUUGCAGCGGAUUCGGACGAAAGCAAAACUACGGAAAUAGCUUCAGAAAAAUAUGAAAAGAGUAUUCCUAUGCAUGGAGAUGAAAUGUUUCACAACUUUGUGUCUCAAAUACAGAAGAACCCUGGUCAACUCUUGCGAUAUUCACGAGAUAAUACUAUGCCGUUAUUAUUAUAUCCUAUUAGUGGAUGUGUUGGAAAAUGUCGUCAUUGUGGCGGUGAAAUGACAUUUGAAGUCCAAAUCUUACCCACAUUAAUUUCCAAGUUAAUGCUUCAACCACGAACUGAAAAAAAAUUCCAAAUUGAAUUUGGAACUGUUUUAGUUUACACCUGCAUUAGAAGUUGUUGGUCUACAACAGAUUUAUAUAGAGAAGAACAUGUUGUUGUUCAAGCAGAAAGAUUAUAGUGAUAGUACAAUUGAGAUAAAUUUGAUAGUAUUUUAAACUUCCGAUUUUAGGAAAAUUAUAGUUACAUCUUUUUUGUUGCAGAAUACCGUCCAUCUUUUUGUGUGUACAUUAGGAAUUCCUAGUGAUGAAUGGUGCAUAAAAUUAAAAUUUAAAUUCCAAAUGUAAAAUUCAUUCCAAAUACAUAUUACUUAUCUUAGAAGUUGUACUAGAACAGCC